GCCAACGCCCUCCUCGAGACGCUCCAGAGCGGCACGCCGCACUUCGUGCGCUGCCUUAAGCCGAACAGCGCGCAGACCGGCGGCGACUUCGACUCCGCCCUCGUGCUGGCGCAGCUGAACUCGCUCGGCGUCCUGGAGACGGUCCGCAUCCGGCGCGAGGGCUUCCCCGUCCGCACCGACUUCGCCGAGGUCUGGGCCUUGGGCUGGGCGGCGGUGGUGAGGGUCACGCCGCAAGCCUCGCGCCUGUCCGCCAAGCAGCGGGCGGAGGCGGUGUUGCAGCGGCUCCCGCGUGACAUGUGGAAGCUCGGCCACACAAAGGCCUUCCUGCGGGACGGCGCGCUCGGGCUGCUGGAGGCCGAGCUCGCGGCCGAGAAGGCGGGGAGCGCCACCGCCAUCCAGGCGCUCGCCCGCCGCAGGCGCGCAAGCUCGCAGGCGACGCUCCUCGCCGAGGCGCCGAUACGCGAGGGGCCGGUGUGGGCUGCGGGUCGGCGGGCCUCUCUGACCGCUGCAGAGUCGUGGCUAUAG